ACUGCACAGGCAACCUGCAUCACUUUGUCUGCAAUGAGUGUGGAUAGUUUUUACGUGACCGUCUAUCCACUACAGUCCCUCCGUCAUCGAACACCACAGAUGGCUCUGUCUGUAUGCACCACUAUUUGGAUAUGUUCAUUGCUUCUUUCAGUGCCGAUAGCUUUGUAUCAGCACACAGAGUCUUCGUUCUGGUUCGGUCCACAGACAUACUGCACUGAGGCAUUUCCCUCUCUCAUUCAUAAGAGGGCUUACAUUCUUUACUCCUUCUUGGCUGUUUACCUGCUGCCUCUGAUCACCAUCUGCAUGUGUUACACUUUCAUGUUGAAAUGCAUGGGUCAAGCCACGGUGGAACCUGUUCAUGGCUGUAACCAGCUGCAGACGUCAGCAGAACGGGUUGAAGCAGUGCGGACCAGAGUAUCCAGAAUGGUGGUUGUGAUGGUGCUGCUGUUUCUGGUCUGCUGGGGUCCAAUCCAGAUACUGAUUCUCUUACAAGCAUUCUGUUCUGAAGAUGUGAGUCACAGUUAUACACUCUACAAACUAAAAAUCUGGGCUCACUGCAUGUCCUAUUCCAAUUCCUCCAUAAACCCCGUUAUCCACGCCUUCAUGGGUGCCAACUUCAGAAAGACCUUCAGAAGUGUGUUCCCUUUGAUCUUCAAAAGGAACGCAAGAACAACCAAGCCUCUCCCCACCUAUAACAGAGAGAUGAACUUUCUUUCAUCCUGA